AUGGCGGGAAGCCUCCACGCCUACAUCACCGAGUCCUUGACUCCCGGGCGCGUCUUCGCCUCCCUGUUCUUUGUCUUUGUCACACUCCUUAUCCUCGACCACACAUGGAAGCCGACCUAUCCGAAUAAUAUCCCCGUCGUCGGCCACGGCAAAGGUACCAUUGCCCGCCUCAAGAACUUCUAUCACUACGUCUUUCGGUACCGGGAUUGGGUCAAGGAGGGGUACCAGAAGUACAACAAACAGAACCGCGCCUUCGUUGUCCCCGCCGCCGCGAGCAGAGCUCCCGAUAUCAUUCUCCCCCGAUCCCUCACGAAAUGGCUACUCGAACACCCCGAUUCCGUUGUCUCCGCCCACGAAGCACACAACGACGUGCUGUAUAGCGACUACAAUUUCUUGGGAAAGGUCUACGCCGACGAUGUGUGGCAUACCCGCGUUAUCCACAAGAGCCUGGCUCGGCACCUCAGUACUCUGGUCCCUGGUAUCGAAGAAGAGGUUGGCGUAGCUGUCGACGAGGCAUUCGGUACCGACACGGAAAACUGGAAGACAUUGACCUUGUGGGAUGCUUGGUUGACUAUUGUCCCACCUGUUACGAACCGCAUGCUGGUUGGCGAUACGAUAUGCCGGAACAAGGAGUUCUGCAAGGCCAUGGUCUCGUUCGUGGACCAGGUCAUUCUGAACUGCUUCGCGCUGCACAUGGUCCCGCAGAUCAUGCUCCCCAUCUUUGGGCCCUUGAUUACCCUGCCCAACUGGUGGCUAUGGCGCAAAGCGGCAAAGCACAGCCUCCCGGUCAUUAGGAAAAGACUCGAAGAUAUGCAGAAGAAGGAAGCGGGAGAUCCGGAAUACGACAGCUGGACUGCACCGGAGGACUUUGUUACUUGGGACAUCCGCAUGGCUAAGGCGGAGAGGAAUCACUUCGAGCUCGACCCAUACGUCAUUUCGAAGCGAUUGUUGCCGAUUCAAUUUGCGGCGAUUCACACGACAGUAAUCACCGGACACAGCAUUGUUCUAGAUCUGCUAAGCUCCGAUCCUGAGAAGGGAUACAUCGAGGGCAUCAGGGAGGAGGCGGCGCGAGUGCUCAGGGAGGAGGGCGGUCGCUGGACCAAGAAUGGCUUGUCCAGGUUGUACCGGCUGGACAGCGCCAUCCGCGAAAGCCAGAGGCUCAGCAACUUCAGCUGUACCCUCAUGGAGCGCAAGGUGGUUGCCGCGGAAGGUAUCACGAAUGAACAGGAGGGCUGGCACUUGCCAAAGGGCACGUUCCUUACCGUGAACCUCGAGGGUCUCCACCACGAUGACGAGAUCACAUCCAACGCCCUGGAAUACGAUGCUUUCAGGACGAGUCGCGAGAGGGAAGCAUAUGAGGCGAAGCCGCAAUCGGAGAGAGACUUGGAAGAGGGACUGAGGUUGAAGAACUUGGGCAUGGUGACAACAAGCGAUGCGCAUCUACCUUUCGGUCAUGGCAGGCAUGCAUGUCCCGGCCGGUUUUUCGUGGCUCAUGAGCUCAAGAUGGUUGUAGCAAACCUGCUCCUGAACUAUGAACUCAAGACAUUGUCCGAAAGACCGAAGCCGCAGUGGGUCGGCGUCACUGUUGUCCCUCCGGUGGACGCAAAGAUCGAGAUCAGAAGGCGGAAAGGGACUGUCUAA